UCGCCGGGGCCGGGGCCGUUUGUGGGGAAGGUUCCGUGGUCCGAGGCCCGACACGGUUGUGCUCCGUAGGCAAGAGCAGAGCCGCAGACAUGGAUGAUGAGCCUGAAAGGACCAAGCGGUGGGAAGGAGGCUACGAACGAACAUGGGAGAUCCUUAAAGAAGAUGAAUCUGGUUCACUCAAAGCUACUAUUGAGGACAUUCUUUUCAAGGCUAAGCGAAAAAGACUCCAAGAACACCAUGGACAGGUUCGACUUGGCAUGAUGCGUCACCUUUAUGUGGUUAUUGAUGGAUCAAGAACUAUGGAGGACCAAGAUCUAAAACCCAACAGACUUACUUGCACUUUAAAGUUAUUGGAGUAUUUUGUUGAGGAGUACUUUGACCAAAAUCCUAUUAGUCAGAUUGGCUUAAUUGUAACAAAGAGUAAAAGAGCUGAAAAAAUGACAGAACUUUCAGGUAACUCAAAAAAGCACGUAGCUGCUCUGAAGAAAGCAGUAGAUAUGAACUGUCAUGGAGAGCCAUCUCUGUAUAAUUCCCUAAAUUUGGCUAUGCAGACUUUAAAGCACAUGCCAGGACAUACAAGCAGAGAGGUUUUGAUAGUCUUCAGCAGUCUGACAACAUGUGAUCCAGCCAACAUCUAUGAUCUAAUUAAGAGCUUAAAAGCAGUUAAGAUCAGAGUAUCUGUCAUCGGUCUAAGUGCUGAAGUUCGCGUUUGUACUUUGCUUGCCCGAGAAACAGGUGGAACAUACCACGUUAUUUUAGAUGAAAGUCAUUAUAAGGAACUACUGAUGCAUCAUGUUAGUCCUCCACCUGCCAGUUCAAGUUCUGAAUGCUCCCUUAUUCGAAUGGGUUUUCCUCAGCACACUAUUGCUUCUCUGUCUGAUCAAGAUGCAAAGCCAUCCUUUAGCAUGGYGCAAUUGGAAAACAACAGUGAGCCAGGGCUUACACUGGGUGGAUAUUUCUGUCCUCAGUGCAGAGCCAAAUAUUGUGAACUUCCUGUGGAAUGCAAAAUCUGUGGUCUUACAUUAGUGUCUGCCCCUCAUCUGGCUCGGUCUUACCAUCACUUGUUCCCUUUGGAUGCCUUUCAGGAAGUUCCCCUGGAAGAAUAUCAAGGAGAACGGUACUGUCAAGGCUGCCAGGGAGAAAUAAAAGAUCAAAAUGUUUACAUAUGUAAAGUAUGUCAGAAUGCAUUUUGCGUGGAAUGUGACCUGUUUAUUCAUGACUCCCUACACUGCUGUCCUGGCUGCAUUCACGAGCAGCCAACUCCUGCGUCUGUAUGAUGCUGCCUCCUUUUAGAGGCUGGCCUCUCUGUUUCAUUCUUGCAUAAAUCUGUUGUGUUUAUUCAGCCAUAGCUCUCCCUGAAGCACAUCAAAACAAGAAGAAAGGCAUAGGUGAAUACAAAAGGAUGCAUGCUGUCUUGGGAGCAAAUUUAAUUUUACCUAGUGUAUUAAUGAUUUUGUUACUGUUAAUAUAUUCAUGGCUCAUCUCUGACUUGGUUUUCUCUGCUCUUGUUUAAAAGGCUUCAUUUUUUUUUUUUUUAAUGAGUGCAGUGUGUGGGUAACAUGUAAAUUUGUAAAUGUAAACCUGAUAAAAUUGGUUUGUAUGUUAACAUGAUUUGUUUGUUUCAUCAUUAUUGGAAAAAAAAGCCCUGAAUAUAUAUUUUAUACAUUAMUUGUUAUAUAUUUUUUAAGUAGACAAUGACACAUUCUGUUAAAAUCUAGAGUAUUUUUGUAAAAAGUUAACAAAGRUGUUUCUGAGCAGUUAGUUGGAAGGCAUUUCAAAAAGUUUAAAAAGUUUAAAACUGCAAAAAAAGUAAUCUUAUAUAGUUCCCCWUUUUCUGUACGUACUGCAUACAAAACAACCAUGUUUUCACAAUUUUCACAAGCAGUUUUUCUUUCAAAAUCUUUAAAUAUGCAUGUUCCCUUUUGUUAGCAUUGCUACUUUGGUGCUUACUCUAAGGUUGAUGCCUGCUGACUGCUCAGAACAGAGGAAUUCUGCUGUUUGGGGUAAGGGCAAAUGAGAGUUUCAGUGUGUGUGUGUGUGUGUGUGUGUGUGUGUUCUCAAUUGCAAACUGGAUCCUUCUCUAUUACAAGCUCAUUUUUCUCAUCUAUAGAUGGAUUUUUACAAGUUAGCAGAAACAGUGGAGGUGAAAUUCCAACAAAUCCGUGAUCAGCUGCAGGCUGGUUUUAACUCUGCUGUGAGAGGUGAAYGCAAAAGAUGGAAAUCUUUCUUGUCCUCUAAGUCUUACACGCGGUCUCAUACUGAAAUGGCGUCUGCUGGGUUUUGUCACAUGGAUGUUGAGUCUAGUGUUUAGUGUUUCUGUUGCAGAUUAGUUUUAUUUGCCUCUGAGCUUGGAUGUUCCCCAUAUGAAGAACACACAAGAUCUCAUCCCACUUGUGAAUUUAUUUGUGGCAAAAAAAGUGGGUAAUUUCCCAAGUAUAACAUACAUGCUCAGUAUUUGGAGAAGAAGCCAGCAGAGCACGUGUGCAGGUACAAGGAGACUAACAGUCCUUUGACGGGUGGCCGUUCUGUGCCAGAGGAAUGCAGCCUGGCCUGCUUGCCAGAGAUAUUUUCUUUACAGGUAAUGAAAAGAUGCUUGAAAGGAUUUCUGUUUUAGUUUAUGAAACAGUGCGGGUCUGAUUACAGUAUUUAAAUAGAUGCUACAUUUGUAGCAUAUGGAUUUUUAUAUAUG